AUGGCCCUACCUACAGUCGAACCCCUCACCCCGCCAACGGGGUCCUCCAUCGACUUUGGCGCAACCAUCAACAACGUCGACCUCGAGAACCUAACAGACGACACAUUCUCCACCAUCUCAAACGCCCUACACACUUACCUCGUCGUAAUAAUCAAGAACCAAAACUCCCUAACCCCCAAAGCGCAAUACGAACUCACCCGCCGCUUCGACCCCUCCGCGACUCAAUACGGGCACGGCAAGACCGUUGACGCGAAGCGCAGCAUCCUCCAUCCCGACCUCAAAACCAUCCCGCACCAGCCACAGGUGCAGGUGAUCGGGCAUGGAUUCGUGAAAGAGUACGAGGGGUUGAAGGAUAUCCACCUCAAGCACCCGCACCAUCGAACCUUUCAUCGCGAUGCGAUUCCCGAUGAGGACGAUUAUGACUUCACAAGAUUCUAUCGCUGGCAUAUCGACGCGGCGCUGUAUGACUUUUAUCCGCCGCGGGUGACGACGCUGCUCGCUGUGCGGGUCCCCAAUGGGAGACGGCAGACGCUGAGGUAUGAUGAUGGGUCUGGGGAGACGAUGGAUGUGCCCCUGGGGACGACGGCGUUUGUUAGUGGGGAGCGCAUGUUUGAGCUUCUGUCCGAGGAAGACAAGGAGUUUGUUCUGGGGAGUCGGAUUGAAUAUGCGCCGCAUCCCUACAUAUGGAUGUCCCCCGCACACUCCCGCCCAACAGGCCUCGGCCUGUACUCGGAAAACCUCGAGCUGCCAGAUUCAGAACUACCCCCAAUCGACCCCGCCAAAAUCCAAGUCCUCCCCAUGGUCUGGGCGAACCCUGUAACCGGCAAACCUGCGCUGCAAAUCCACCCGUCCGCGGUCCGGAAGAUCCACCUGAAAGACGGAAGCGUGAUCGACGACCUCGCGCGCGUCCGCGAGAUCGUGUAUAACCUGCAAAGACCCGCGAUCAGCCCACAGUAUGUAUAUGCGCAUGAUUGGGAGGAGGGAGAUCUUGUACUAUUUCAUAACCGCGGCGUGCUACAUUCUGUUGUUGGGGCGUUUGGGGAGGGCGAGGUUAGGUUGUUUCGGCAGUGUAAUUUGGCGGCGGGGGAGGGGCCUUUGGGGUAUACUGGUACGAGUGCUGCUUGA